AUCGCAUAUCUGCGGCAGCUGCUCCAAAAGUUUGGCCUGUCUGUGUGUUGUCGUUGUCUCGUCGCUUCGUUGCUGUUCAGUUUGCAUACCAAUUGUGGCUAGCGGAGCUCAGUUACUACAAUUCAGUUGAUCUGUAAACGCAACAGGAUAAUCAAAGCUAACGCAUACGAAAAUGCAGUUUACCACGAGUUGCAUGAUGCCGCUGCUGCUGCUGCUGGCCCUAACACAGCUGACGACAUCGGCGCCCGCCGAGGCUCUGCUCGAGCUGCAGGACAACAGCGAGCCCGCCGAUCUGAACCCCAUCAAUGCAGAGGAGGUGUUAGGCGGCGGCGAGCUUGAGCGCAACAAAAGAAAACUGCCCGAUGCGACAUUUGAGGCGAAAAAUGCCGUGCUCGGAUUUGUGUUUGGUAAGAUCGAUAACUUUCUAGACACAAAGACACGCGUGAUUGAGCAGCUGGAUCGUUCCAAUAUUGAGAAGAAUAAGCAAUGGGACAUUAAGGCCCCGGUCCCAAUUAAGGACUUCCAGACUCUGAUCACGGCCGUCGUGUCGCCAAAGAUACGCUCCAUUGGCAACAUUGCCAAUGAUCUUACGACCGGCGUCUUGACGACCAUAACUGCGUUCAGCGGUUCCUCGUCGGGCAAUGGCAAUCCCAACGCCGGCCUGGGAAAUAUCGUGUCCAAGUUCUUGGGCUUUUCGGGACCCAUACUGCAGGGGUCGUCGGGCGGUGUGAAUGGCAUAGCUGGCGUCACAACACCAGCACCCGACUCCGAUGAGGCGGGCUAUUAGAGCAACUAUCUAACUGGCUACCUGGCACCUGGCUACUGGUUGGCAGGCUAAUUGGAUAACCUGGCCUGGAUCGUUCGUUUGUCCGUUCUGCAUUGAGGUUUUCUAAUUUAUGUAUAUCACACACACACACACACACACGAACACACCCCCACAACCACACACGCCACACACUCUGGAGGAGCGAACUGUCCUAAGUUUUCCUCUGAUGCUCGCACUCUUUCAUUGACAUAUAAAUUUUGUACGAUUUUUUUUUGUCUUGUCGUUGUAGUCUAGACUUAAGUUCAAAAUUUUGUUAAACGCUUCCGAUUGUUUGUCGUCAGGGCAAUAUCUAAGUUUAUUUUACGCUACGCAUUGUACUCAUGUUUGUAAAUAU